UUUCAUUGUCGACAUGGCGCUGGCGAGGUGGGAACACCAACUACGGAAAAACCAAAUCUCGUAAAGACAUUAAAAGACAAGGAAAGGACCCCACGUAUUUCUUCUUUCAUACUUUAGACGCCGAACCAAGUUUGGAUGAACAGAAUUUAACAAGAUGAUGUCUGAUGCCAGUGACAUGUUGGCAGCAGCCUUGGAGCAAAUGGAUGGUAUCAUAGCAGGUUCCAAGACUCUGGACUACUCCAAUGGCAUCUUUGAUUGUCAAUCCCCAACAUCGCCCUUCAUGGGCAGUAUGCGAGCCCUGAACUUAUUGGAGGACCUGAGGGGCGUAUUGGAGCUCAUGGACACAGAUGAGAGAGAAAGCUUGCGUUGCCAAAUCCCUGACUCUACCGCAGACAGUCUGGUGGAGUGGCUGCAGGGGCACCUGCAGUCAAAUGGACAUAUUUCAAUCACUGGUGAUGUUUACCAGGACAGACUUAAUCGUCUUGAAAAUGACAAAGAAUCCCUUGUCCUUCAGGUGAGUGUUUUGACCGAUCAAGUGGAAGCACAGGGGGAAAAGAUAAGGGACCUAGACCUGUCCCUUGAAGAACAUCGUGAGAAACUAAAUGCCACUGAGGAAAUGUUACAGCGGGAACUCUUGUGCAGAUCAGCCCUGGAGACCCAAAAGCUAGAGCUGAUGUCAGAAGUUUCCAACCUGAAACUGAAGUUGACUGCCUUUGAAAAUGAGAGACUUGAUUUUGACGAAAGUUUCGGAGAUAGUGAGGGUUUGAUUUUGGAGAUUAAUGAACUGAGAUAUCGCGUGUCUGAUAUGGAGAGUGAACGGUUACAGUAUGAAAAAAAACUUAAGACCACCAAGUUGCUAAUGGCCAAACUGUCUAGCCUGAAACUCAAAAUGGGUCAGAUGCAGUAUGAGAAACAGAGGAAGGAACAAAAAAUCCAGGCACUCAAGGAGGAGCUAGUUAUUUUGAGAAGGCAGCUGGAUGGCAGAGAUGGUGAGCUGAGAAGGUUGCAUGAUGAGACUGGGUCCAGAGCUCCAACCCCUGCAGGCCUAGACAGCACAGAGCGAGUUUUCCAUUCUGAGGAAACAUUUAAAAAGAGGCUCAAAGAGAAACAUAUGGAAGUACAGAAGAUGAAGAAAGCAAUGGAGUCAUUGAUGGCAGCAAAUGAGGAGAAGGAUCGCAAGAUUGAAGAACUACGACAGUCACUGACACGUUAUAAGAAGGUGCAAGAGAUGGUUAUGUCUGAACAAGGGAGAAAAGAUAAGGUCAAAGAAGGAGACUGUGAUGAGAGCAAUAGCGACAGCUCCCUCUCCAUGUCCACCGCCCUCUCUAUUUCCAUGGACACGGAGAGGUCUGUGCUCACAUACACAGAGGAAGUGGCCUUGAGGGGUCAAAAUGAGGCGACUACAUUUGUUAGUACACUCCAAGUGCCAUCACUCACAGUAUCAUCCUCAGCCAAAGCAGACAGUGGUCAUGUCCUGGAACAAACACAGUCAAUAAGUGAUAAAGAGAGUCAGGAGCCGACUCUAUCACAGGAGACCUCAGUACAUGACAGUUCAGAAGAGGUCACAAGGUCAGGUCACAGUAAUCUUGAUGGAAGAGCUGAUGAAAAGAGGCCAUUGGCAGUAGAACAGAGACCAGCAGAGAGCAAAGCAUUUGAUGAGUUCAACAAGAUUACAACUCUACCACCCACAUCCCCAACCUCCUCACAUACUGCUGAAGGUGACAGCUUUGGCACCAGGAAAGCCAGAUCUUCCUUUGGACGGGGAUUCUUCAAGAUCAAAAGUGGCAAGAGGACUGCCAGUGCACCAAAUCUGGCUGAGACUGAGCGGGAAGGCACUGACCAUCUGGAUUUAGCAGGCAUGCCGCAAAGGUCGUCUCACAGUGACAGCACACACACACUCCCCAUUUCCCCAGAGGGCAAGAAAAAGUCAAAGGGAAUUAAAGCACUCUUUGGAAAGCUCAAAAGGAGUCAAUCAACAACAUUUAACCUGGAUGACAAUCUAUCUGAGAAUGAGUUUAAACGGGGAGGAGUCAGAGCCACAGCUGGUCCUAGACUGGGCUGGUCACGUGACCUGCAGAACACCAACAGUGAGUUGGAUGCACCGUUUGCACGCUGGUCCCGUGAGCAAGUGUGUGAUUGGAUGCAGGAACAGGGGCUGGGGUUGUAUGUGAGUCUGGCCAGGCAGUGGGUCUCCUCUGGCCAGACUCUGUUGCAGGCCUCCCAACACGAUCUGGAACGAGAGCUGGGAAUAAAACACCCUCUUCACAGGAAGAAAGUCCAGCUUGCGCUGCAAUCACUGGGCUCAGAAGAGGAUGACAACAAAGGCAAACUUGACUACCACUGGGUGACAAGGUGGCUUGAUGAUAUUGGUCUCCCACAGUACAAGACUCAGUUUGAUGAGGGACGCAUAGACGGAAGAAUGCUUCACUAUAUUACAGUGGAUGACCUGUUAUCUUUGAAAGUGGGCAGUGUUCUCCAUCACCUCAGUAUUAAGAGAGCCAUCCAGGUGUUACGGCUCAACAACUACGACCCCAACUGUCUGCGGCGAAGACCUUCAGAUGAGAACAACGCAAGUCCAGCUGAGAUCUCUCAAUGGACUAACCACCGUGUGAUGGAGUGGCUGCGGUCCGUGGACCUGGCUGAGUACGCGCCCAACCUUAGGGGCAGUGGAGUUCACGGGGGGCUGAUGGUGCUUGAACCUCGUUUUAAUGUGGAGACAAUGGCUCUGCUGCUAAAUAUCCCUCCCAAUAAGACUCUGCUGCGGCGGCAUCUGGCCACUCAUUUUAACCUGCUAGUGGGUUCUGAGGCCCAGCAGCUCAAACAAGAGUGUCUAGAGAACCCAGAUUACACUUUACUCACUGCCACAGCUAAAGUCAAGCCCCAUAAACUGGCAUUUGGUGGGUUUGGAAGGAAAAAAAGGCAAGAGGACAAUGAAGAAUAUGUCUGUCCCAUGGAUGUAGAGAUGCCCAAAGGGCGAAGCUUCCAGAAGGGCUACAGAGGCAUGGAGCUCCAGAUCUACGAUGAUGACCUAGAUCGAUUUGAUCAGAUGGAGGACUCCGAAGGGACUGUGAGGCAGAUUGGAGCUUUCUCUGAGGGCAUCAACAACUUAACGAGUAUGCUAAAGGAGGACGAGUUCUUUAGGGGGAUGUCCACGUCGUUCCCCAAUGCCAGUGUGAAAGAUGAUGACUCCAAUGUGUGAGGGCAUUGCAGGGCCAGUCUAGCCCCUAGUGCUGCUGCUUUAAUCGGAAGUGACCGCCAGUUCCGCUGCCAACAUCUCCACACACACACACACACACACACACAAUCUCACACACACACACCUCUUUCUCAGAAUGCCAAAUAUAUCAAUCAGAACCACUUGUGGCAAUUCAUCAAAACUCACACUUUUAAAGUAUGUCACAUUUCAUUGCCUUUUAUUUUAGUACUUUUUAAAAAAUUAUUAUUUUAAUUGUGUGCAUAUGGAAGUUGUCAAUGUCUUCUGGAAGUAGAUGGAAGAAUGUCUGUCCUGUUUUUUAACAGAUCGUUAGUGGAUAUAGUUGUUUUGUUAACCGAUAUGAUAUUUCUAACAGAAAUGAAUGGCAGUCUCACUUUAGUUUGCUUGUCAUUGGAGACAUAUGCAUUUUUUAUCAUCAGUCAACCUAAAACAAAUUUUGCCCCAGUCUUGAUGAUGGCAAAAGAGCACAGUGACACUUUCAGGCAAAAUCAAAGAGAUAUUUUAUUAAAUAAAUGAAUAAAGUUGUACACUGCCAGUAAUAAAAAUGUUCUCAAAUGAUCCAGGUGCAUUCCCAAACAUGAUGAUUACACUAAUAUUUUAACUGCUUUUUUUUUUUUUUUUUUAUCUUGGUUUAUAAAGACAAAAUACUCCUUUUAUGUGCCAUAUGUUUAAUGCAUAUGCAUGCAAAACUCUGUACAUUGUUUUUUACUCCCAGUUUGUAGAAGUUUGCAUUUGCAUGUUAUUUAAGCCUCAUUUGGACAAAUAUUAGCAAAAUAUUGUGCAUUACUUGAUGAAAGUUAAUUGUGAAUUAUUUUGACAUUGCUGCAGUACUUAAAGGAUAGCAAUAAUGUUCUUUAUGGAACUGUCAUCAUGUAGCAUGUAUAUUUAAAGCAAUACUGGCAUGUGCACAAAAUUGGUAAGCAACUGAUAAAUAUAUUUAAAAAUAUAUAUUUUGCCACUCAUAACCAUUUCAGAGGUGCAUGUCUUUUUUGUUGACUUUUACUCAUUUUUAAUAGUUGAAUAAAAUACAGAACUAUAAAGUAAUGAAAAGGCAUGCAGCUUCUGUUUUUGUCUGUACUGUGUCAGUCACACAAAUAAUAUUCCAAAACCAAGUUCACUGGAGUAACACUGGUGUUAUUUAUGAGUUUGCUCCUCCCACUGAACUCUCACAGCUCAAUGGGGCAUAGAAGUCUGUAGUACAUCUAAUAUGCGGUUUAGUAUGACAAAGAAACAAAAUCUUAUAUAGUAACAUGUAAUAUAAAACAGAUAAAUGGGGAUGAAGUUUCCUCAAGUGCACUUUGAAUACACACCCGUCAGAUACCAUAGAUACCGUUACAAGAAAUAUGGUAACUUUGUAUUAGACACCACUGUUUCAAAUGAAUAAAUAAUAAUAAAAGAUUCAGCCACUAUUAUUUAUGGCUGGAUCUUGACAUCAAGAUGAACAACGCCAUCUUCCGGACAGUAUCUGUAGAGUUGCUUGUACUGAAGUGCAAAGUAGAAUUUUUAACUCUUAUACUCUCCCUUUUCAUAGAUGAUUAUCAUUUUUCCCGACAAUAAUUUAAUUAUCAUGCGUCCAAUAUUAAACUUUGGAUUAGACUUGUUUUCAAGUUGUUAGAAAUAAA